AUGUGGAAUGCGGGUCAAGCGGAACCCACGGCUAAAAAACUGCGCUUCAAAUCAAGCCAAAAAACCCGGCUUUCAUCGGCCUGACGUGCUCUUGUCCUUAUGUCAGAGCUCCAGAGACGGGCGACGAUGAAGAGAAACAGGCAUCCCAGCAGCAGUGACGACUCCGACAAUGGAGAAGGAGGACAUCGAGACAGAGUAAAGGAAAGAAAAGCAGCAGUUGGGACAGAGAUUAAGGAAAAGAAAGAGAAGGCCUACAGUCUGAGAGACAGGAGACAGUUUAGGGACACUUGGAGCUCUAACGACAUCCUGGCAGGUAAUUCCACGUGCUGGUCACAACAUUCAUCACAGCCAAGAAGAGGGAACGGGCAAAAACCCUCUGAGGUUUUCAGGACCGACCUCAUCACAGCCAUGAAGGUACAUGACUCAAACCAGCUGAUCCCAGAGGAAUAUUACAUCCUGGCAGACGCUUGGAGGCAGGAGUGGGAGAAGGGCGUGCAGGUCCCCGUCAGCCCGCAGUCCAUCCCACAGCCCGUCGCCAGGGUGAUGGCGGAGAAAGGAAAGGAGGUGAUGUUCGUCAGGCCGAAGAAGUUGAUCCGGACCUCGGGCGCCGAGGCUCUGGGCUACGUGGACAUCAGGACCGCUGGCAGAGGAUUGUGUCGCUACGACCUCAACGAGGAGGACGUGGCCUGGCUGCAGGCCGCCAACCAGGAGUUUGCAGAGAUGGCCAUACCGCCGCUGGACGAGAUCACCAUGGAGCGGGUGAUGGAGGUUGAGCACUGCUGCCACGAAAACAUGACGCAAGCCACGGAGACGGAGGAAGGGCUGGGCAUCGAGUACGACGAGGACGUGGUGUGUGACGUCUGCCGGUCGCCGGACGGGGAUGACAACAACGAGAUGGUGUUCUGUGACAAGGCAAACAUCUGCGUUCACCAGGCGUGUUACGGCAUCCAGAAAGUGCCACAGGGAAGCUGGCUGUGCCGGAUCUGCGCCCUGGGCAUCCUGCCGAAGUGCCAGCUGGCCCCCAAGAAGGGCGGAGCCAUGAAGCCCACUAGGAGCGGCACCAAGUGGGUCCACGUCAGUGCCCUGUGGAUCCCAGAGGUGAGCAUUGGGAAUCCAGAGAAGAUGGAGCCGAUCACCAACGUGUCACACAUUCCCAACAACAGGUGGGCUCUGAUCUGCUGCAUCUGCAAAGAGAAGUCCGGAGCGUGCAUACAGGCUUCAGCCAAAAACUGCCGGACUGCCUUCCACGUGACGUGCGGCCUCCACGCCAGCAUCGAGAUGAACACCAUCCUCAACGGAGGAACUAACGAGGUCAAGUUCAAGUCCUACGUGCCCCCAACACUCGGGCUGGUAGGGCUGACGAGUCCAGGGACCGAGACCCGAGGACAGAAGGAGAGCGCCAAAGACAAUAAGGGCGGGAGGAGAGGGCGGGUGAGAGGCGAGGAAGACACCGCCUCCUCCUCUUCCUCUUCCCACGUGGCUCCUCAGAUCCUCCACAGAGUGCCGAGCCACCUGGAGGAGCUGAGCAGCCGGCAGCAGGAGAAGAGGGUCAGCCUCCGCAAGCUGAAGCUGCAGGAGAUGGAGGAGGAGUUCUUCCAGUUCGUGGAGGUGGAGGAGGUGGCGGCUCACACGAAGCUGCUGCCGGAGGUGGUGGACUUCCUGUUCCAGUACUGGAAGCUCAAACGCAAAGCCAACUUCAACCAGCCGCUGCUCACGCCCAAGAAGGACGAGGAGGAGAGCCUGGCGCGCCGCGAGCACGAGGUUCUGCUGCGCCGCCUGCAGCUCUUCACCCACCUGCGCCAGGACCUGGAGAGGGUGCGUAACCUGACCUACAUGGUGACUCGGAGGGAGAAGAUGAAGCGCUCGCUGUGGAGAGUCCAGGAGAAUAUCUUCCAGCACCAGAUGAAGCUGCUGGACCACGAGCUGCUCACCGGCGAUCCCUCAGAGAAGGAUUUGGAGAAGCUCUUCUCUCUCUCGACUGGUUAUCCUCUCAGGGGCUCCGAGUCUGGACUGAAAACCAAACGAGGGUCUUCCAAGCAGGAAAGAAGAAGUGCCGACAGCAAAGGCCUCUCCGACUCUCACAGCCACAAGAGGGACAGUCUGAGCAAACCUCCGGAGAUGAAAGACAGUAAAAGCUCCCGGGUCAGAGAGUCUGCCGAGGACACGAGAACUGGCAAACCCCAGACCUUCGAGAUGAAUCAGGAGCUUCUCUUCCCGAAGCUCCAGAAACCAGAAGUCUUUCAGGAAUCUUCGCACAAACCCGAGAGCAGAAAAGGCCCCAAGAGGGAGGCCCAGAGGACAGAGCAGGAGACGCUGGUCAGACUGAAACGAGACGAGGACGAGACAAGAAGGAGAAAGAGGAGGAGCGACCUGACGGAGAGCCAGGGGAAGAGUCGCUUCGGGGCCAAACUGCUGGACAAAACCGUGUCCAUCCGGCUGGUGGACAUCAGGAGCUCGGACCACAACAACUACUUCAUGGGAGAAGGGACGACCAGGAGGAACCCCUUCUCGCUACAAGUGAGCCCCAACACCAAGCUCUCCGGCGCUCCGAGAACCAACGGCUGGACGAGGAAAGCUCCGGCAAACGGCUCGCACACAUCCAGCCGAAACGUGAGCGGACAUCUGAGGAGCUGGGGGAAGUUCAGGAUCCCCAAGAGGAGCGAGAAGCCGGCGAGGGAGCAGGAGGACGAGGAGGAGGAAGAGAAGGAGGAGCUGUUGUUGAGUCCGCUGACCAACGCGCCGCAGACGUCGUACCCCAGGACGAGACUCCGCUCGGGGACGGAGCACGACGGCUCCGCCUCCGACUCGUGCGGGGAGGCGGAGCCGUGCCUGAAGAGGUGUCACUCCCACCGGCUGAGGGGGGGGGGCGCCCUCGGGCCGCGCUACGGGUCGGACAUCAUCCGCCGGGGCGUGCUGGCCUCCUGAUGGCAGAAUAAGCUGCACUGUGUUAAUUGUAAAAACGAUCGCUCUCUAUACCCUUAUAUUUUUCUCGAUGAAUCAUACAAAUGCCUAGAUUAAGAAACAGAGUUGAUAUUUAUUUUUUAUUUGUAACAUAUGUAAAUCUGAGAAAAUGUUUGACUUUUUUUGAGCAGGUGUUUAUUUUUUCUUUCUUUCAAAAGUAGAAAGAUGUCAGGUUGCCACUUAAACGCUGCUCAGAUAUUUACAAGCGAAAGCAUCACUGAGGGAUUGUUGCUCUCGGGACCAGAAGCUUGCAAUGUCAAUUUUUUUAUUUUACAUAGUAUUAAACUCAGUUGUACUUAGUGGGAAAAAGCUGACGGACGAUUUGAUCGCGACAGUGAUAUGGGAUUCUUUAGAUCUUUUUUUUUUAUAUCAAGCUUCGUUGGAUGGGUUACAGCCACAAACAGGAAGUAAAACUGCCCUUUUAUUCAAUCUCCAACUGUCAUGAUUUCUUCAGAUUGUUGGAACAUUAUGAACUGAGAAACAUACAAAAAAAAGGAAUUUCAGAAUGACGUUAACGUGUCUUUAGCACUCAAGUGUUAUUCAACUGCGAACCGAUCGUAUCCAUCAUGUGCCUAACUUUUUUGUGAAGCUUUUGCACUACGAGAGGACGGCACAGGUGUGAGCUAUGAGAGGAAUAUUUUUACACUGAAACAUUUAAAAAGCGUUUUGUACCCUCGGCCGCUACUGUAUUACUGUUAUGCAAAAGGGAAACUUGUCUUGUCGGAAAGAGGAAUAAAAACUCUAGGAGACCUAAA